GAUGAAGACUUAUUUAUGUAAAUUUCCAUAGUGUUACAUGUGAUACAAAUAAGAAUAAACCUGCUUUAAUUCCUUAUUGUGAAUGUGACUUUGACUUUGACAUGUCAGCAACCAGAGUUUUUCACGUAGUUUGUCUCUACAUCCAAGUAGCCUGUGUUUACUCAGCUUGUUCAAGUAGCUGGUACGGCUCGAACUGCCAGUACAAAUGUCACUGUACAAAUGACAUGUGUGACGUCAAUGGCAGCUGUAUCAGUGACUCAGUGUGUGCCCAGGGAUGGUUUGGACAGAGCUGUCAGUACCAGGACCUGACUGGCAGUGACACCACCAUCACCCCACCUGACAGUGCUAUCUCUGAUGGUGACGACACAACAUGUACCCUGCUAGACAACGUCACAAUCACUUGGAAAUUUGCUUACCACGUCACGUGGUUAAGAACUGUGGGAUUUAAAGACGGCCCAUUAAAGUAUUUAGACAUCACCUUCACCGACAGCGACAAUAAGACUUUCACCUGCCUCGACAAGGCCAUGCUACCUGUCAACGAGAUGACCACCGACAUCUUAUGUAACCUCAAUGUUACCGUAGUUCAAGUGUAUCUUGAUUUUAAAGAAAAUGUUCACCUGUGCUCAGUUUAUAUUGAUGGCGGACGUAACGUGGCACUGAAACAGCCUACAGUGCAGUCCACUGACCUAACCUUUGAUGGGAUCCUGUAUGAUUCUUCAAGGGCUGUGGACGGAAAUCCCAGUAGUGACUUUCACGGAGAAAACUCGUGUACACACACACAAAACACGCCCCCUAGCUCGUGGACUGUCUUGUUUAAACAACCACGUGAUGUCAACAGAUACGUCAUUUACAACAGAGACAUUUUAUGCAAACGCCUGCAGGGUUUUAAUCUGGUGAGUUACAACGCACAGAACGUAACCUUGUUCAACUACACAGACACCAACCCAAGUGCGGACGUAAUGGUUUACAGCUUGACAACCACAUGCACGGAGGCCGUGUCAUCAAUUACAAUUACAGCAAAGGACACUGACAACGUUUUGACUCUCUGUGAAGUGGAAGUUUAUGGCUACGACAGCUGCCCUAAUGGGACCUACGGCAUUGGGUGCAGCAGUACGUGCAACUGUCGGGACAAGAGUGAGUCGUGUUUUGUUGCCACUGGUCAAUGUUGGUCUGGAUGUGCUAGCGGGUUUCAAUGUGAAGGCUGCUCGCAGCAAUGUGUCGAGACUUACUACGGAGAAGAUUGUGCACAAAGGUGCAGCACCAACUGCACAGGUCAGCUGUGUAACAACGUUGACGGCACGUGCAGGAGUUGUCCGGUGGGGAGGGAUGGGCUCUACUGUGAGCAUGAUUGUCCGGCGACUUAUUUUGGUGAGAACUGUAGACGACGAUGUAGCUCAACAUGUCUGGACAGAUUGUGUAACAACACGGACGGUUUGUGUGUGAGUUGUGUGGUGGGGAGGACGGGAGAUUUCUGUGAGCAGGAAGUUGAAUGUAAAACAAGUAACGGAAUAUGUUCAAGCAAUCAACAGAUAAGUCCCUUAACCUCUUCUAGAAGAGAUAGACUGGCUGAUGGUGUAGGGAUUGGUGUUGGUGCUAUGUGUGGCGUGGUGAUUAUCAUUGUAUCUGUUGGCUGUAUUGUGAGGAAGGUUAGGGCAACAUCAGGAAGGGAAACAGGAGCUCAUAGGAAAAACAAUCAGCAGAACGUCUCUGCAUUGGACCAAUCACGACACACCUCAAACAACAAAGCUAAAGAAACCGCUAACACAAACCUUUAGCUGCUACGAUCAGUGGCGUAGCCAGGAUCUUCUCAUG